AUGGACAUAGGCGAUACGGGAAUUACUAGCCAAGCACCUAAGAAAUACACCUACGUCUUCGCCUCGCGUCUAGGAGUCGAGGUUGUCCUAGUGCUCUCGGCGGCCACCGCAGGCGGCAAGAAGGCCAUCGAGGGUGCUUUCCAAGACAUCCUGAUCGGCUGCCCGGCAAAGCCUAUGCUCUUCAUCGCCACUGUCGGCACCUGCGGCACCGGUCUUGACAGCCUCAAGAAGGCGAACCACGCCAUCCUCUUCGACCUGCCGUUCGUCGAGUCCGAUUCGAAGCAGGCAUAUGGCCGUGUCUGGAGACCCGGCCAGCGGUUUCCUUGCUACUGGACCGAGCUCUGGGCAGACGAUAGCGAGGCUGAGACCCUGAUCAACGAGCGCCACGAGAAGCGGACGGACGCUUUUCGGCGCAUUCUGGGUCACCGAGGUGGCAACAGCAGUAAGGCAGAAGGUGGCGGCCAGUGAUGGAAGGGGUAUGUGUCAGGGAGUGGGUUCGAGGGAUAUUCAAGGGCCACUGCGUUGAGGGUCUAGGUAAUAGCUACGUCAUCUUGAGAAAUAAACAUUGGCUCG